CUGGAAAUUUUGCUAAGGGGUAAUAGGAAGUGUGAAAGAAAAAGCGCCAUUGGUCUCUUAUAUGGACGAAUUCGUCUUAGAAAGAGAGAAGACGCUGACUUCCCAUUAUGGAAACAGCCUUAGCCUGUAAAGUGUGGAAAGAGCAAAGCGGCCCUAAAGCCAGUGGGAAGAAGGUUGCACAGGAGGACUUCAGGACACUUUGUCUUUAUUUCGUUCUUAGUGACAAGGACGGGAAAUGUGUAUAUAUAGGACUGACGUGUACGGGGACAAGCAGCGACAGCACAUGGGAAGAGGGCGACAUCUGUCUCACUGGGAGUGCUAGCAAUCCAACCAGAGUCGGCAACUGCCUUCACGUGCAUGACGAUGGCACGUGUAACUGGAUCCUCAUCGAGCUUAAAGAAACGUUCUUGAGAACAUUAGGACAAUAUGACAUACAAACAGUUCCCUUUUCUGAGGAAUCGCCAACACAAGGUCGCCUCGCCAUAAGAACUGCUUCCGAUAAAGUUUCUUACGGAAAUGCAGGCGAGACAUACGGCUCCGAUUGGUUUCAGGUGGUACCAUCAGAGGGCCCCGGAUUCACGAAAAGCGACAGCGGUUCCAUUGUGUGGGCGGAUACAUCAGCCGUGACCGCCCACCUAAGUGGUGUGAUUGGCUAUCACUCUCGACAGAGCCCUGUUGUGAAAUCCCAAACGGCUCUCGUCUCUGGACUCAGCCAGUUUCUUUUGAAGGAAGGCAAACAGAUCGCCCAGCAAUACGUCCUCAUCCCACGCCCCAAACCUGCUGUCCCGGAUAAUCCAUCUUAUUACAUGUACGCAGUUAGAUGCCCAGAAGAUGAGUACAAAAACAACUCCAAGCCAAGGGGUCGUGCACUAAUUAUAAGUAACGAAUGCUUUUCUGUGAAAGACCUUCCAAGACGGGAUGGAACCAAAGUUGAUGUAGUUGCCUUGAGGAAACUUCUUCGUUACCUUCAAUAUGAUGUAGAAGUGAUCAAUAACCUAGAGGCAAAUCAAAUUAAAGAGGAAAUAGAGCAAGAGAGUAAAAACGAAGAUCACAGGAAAUACGAUUCCUUCAUCCUGUUUCUACUGAGCCAUGGUGACAAUGGUGCUGUGUAUGGUACAGAUGGUUAUCUUUUGCCCUACGACAUGAUCAAAAACAUUUUGAAUAACAAAAACUGUCCAGGCCUAAGGGGGAAACCGAAAAUGAUUUUUAUUCAGGCUUGCCAGGGAAAGACAAAGGAUUCUGGGACAUUACCUGACGUACAAGCAGGGCAACAACCGGAGCCACUGCCGCAGAUCACUGAUUCGGGGAAUGAUGUACCGGAUGCACCGCAUGAAUUAUCACAGCAAUUCAAUGAUCCCACUAUGUCGGAUUUUCUCGUGGCACAGGCGACUUCACCAGACUACGUAUCGUGGCGAGACAAAGAAAAGGGGACAUGGUUUGUUCAAUCCAUAGUAAAAAUAUUUACUGCUGAAGCAUACAGAUCGGACGUUUUGUCAAUGUUACUGAAAGUUAACAAUGAGGUGUCGCAGAUGUCAACUGUGCAGGGCAGAAAACAGGCUUCAGUGUUGGAUUGCAGCUUACGAAAAAAGGUUUUCUUCAACGUAUCUCGUAUUGCAGAUACAGAGAGUGAACAUGAUGUAUCCCAUGAUAUUGAGAAUUCACAGAGUCAGUCUUUCCGACCGCGUCACAAUUUUCCACAUAUGCCAUUCAAUAUUAGCCACCCAGAAAAUACAGGUGUGCAAUCAUCAAAUGUUUCCAGACCCCCUGGACCUGUCUUCCCAUCCGCCAUCUAUCCAGAGGGCACCCACGGUAAUCAACCAUAUUACAAUAACAUUGGUUAUAUGCCUCAAGGGCACCAGGGUUAUCUCCAAGGAUCAGCGCGCUUUCAGACCUCUCUGUCGUCGGUUCCUAUCGGUGCCUUCCCAAUGCAGUCCCCAGAAUACGCUCCGGGGGUUCCCCAUCAGUUGCAGGGAGCCAUAGGUGGGCAUCCAUCGCAAAUGAUGUCCGCUACAGAAAAAGGUCAAACAAAUACAACUCUAAACACCGGCUUCCUGUACCCGUACUUCCCGUACGCAACCAACCAACCCACGUAUGCAGGUUACCAAACACACGGUGUCGGAAACGCCUCAUUUGCUCAACUGUCGCAAACCGCGGCGAUUACUCCGCCACAGAAUCCUUGCACACCCCCGGUGAACACAAACCCUGGUGUUGCCCAGUCAAAGCCAGUUGGUUGUUUGCCUCAACAAAUGCAAUACCACGCCAGGCUCGCAUAUCUCGUCCAACAUGAAGGUACACGUGUGUUUCGUAAGUUCUUCCUACGCGAUAUCGUCAUUCCGAAACUAAAGAGCGUUGGUCAGUACAACUUGGGCGCUUCAGAAAACCAGACGUUGAAUGUAUUUCUUGCACUCUCCGAUAUAAAAAAUUGUCUCACACUACUAAAGAAGCCAAAGGGAAAAGUUAUGUUCCCUCAACAGUAUGACCAAUUGUAUCCAUCCAGUGGACAAGCAGAUAUAAAACGUUUUGAUAUUUCCCUCUUAUUCAUUUUAAUAAGAAACCUCCACCCCAAUGGAAAGAACUUAAGUUGGGUCUUAAAGCCUGGUCAAGCAUCCCAAGGAGACAUCGACCACAUCAUCAAGAUAAGAGACAUCAGAAAUAACAUCUUUCAUGACGGAAAAUUCGAGCUGGAUGAGGCUAAGUUUGAAGACACGUGGAGAGAUGCUUCCGGUGCAAUUUUGUCGCUAGGUGGCAAACAAGACAAGAUUGAUUGGAUCAAAAUGAACAAUUUCAACGAAGAGAAAUUCAGACAAUUGAUCAAAAGCGUCACAGCUUCAGACCAGAUUCUUCAAAAACUGGAUGAAAUAUUAAUGUUUCUUCGAUCACACGACUUGGGAUAUUACGGGCAAUGA